AUGAUUCCAUUCGAGGCAGUUAAUAUUAAUAUUCAUCCGACAUCAUCCGAUAAACGACAUGAUGACACUAUUCGGGAGCCAUAUCAUUCCUGUCCGAAUACAAAUCAAUUAGUAACAACUAAUCCAGAACAUCAGCAGCUUAGCAAAGGGAAGUUGGACGCUAUGACAGCAAGUCAGGUGUUCGAAGGAACACUCAGAGCCAAAUGUCACCCUACGAAACAAGUCAGUUCCAAAGAUUCUGUGAAUAGUUUUCCGUUACACAUAAGAUCGCUAUCUCGAACAGCUAAAUCCGAUACGAAUCGUUCAUCAAAAUCAAACCGUAUUCCUUGUUCUCAGCCCAUCAAUGAUUUUCCUCAGAUGCGAGGAAAAGCCUUAAUGAUUGGUGAUAAUAUUCCAAUGGUUCCAUCCUGUUCUUCAAAAACUCUUUCAACUGAUAUUUCUAAACCACAACUACUGAACAAUGCUUCAAAUAUUCUGAUAAAUGGUGAACAGCUAUGCAGGAUAGCUACACCAUUAGCAGCAAGAAAUAAAAGUCCAGCUUUGCUUUGCGAUCCAUUAGCAUUGUCAAAUCCGACGACUUGUUUAGCAUUGAAAAAAUCCGAAUCAUUUUCUUAUUCGAAUCUUGCACGAGAAUAUUUAUCAUCCUCAGACACCUCGGAUGAUGAAGAUGCGAUUUUAAAAAGUCGAUCCUUUACAUUACAUAAAACUCGCGUAGAAAGUAAAUUACAAUCCAAACAACCCCUUGAGGCACUAACCCUUACUCCGUUAAACGAGCAUACUGUGAGAACAUUAAAAGAUCGUAUAUUUUCACAAAAUCCAAAUCGUUCGAUUAGUUU